AUGGCGACCGAAAUCUGUUUAACAAUCAGUCUUGGGCAUGGACUAGAAGCCUUCAUUUCAAAGGUGGAUAAAACUGGUAAAAGUUAUCGCGUUCACUAUGGUGUAAGAACAUUUACGCUUUACUCAGGGAAAAGAACUUGGACAAAAGAACAUUUCUUUGGUUUAAACACGUGGAAGUUUACCGAACGUAUGUCGUGUUAUUUAGUUGAUGUUUAUCUCUUCUUGACAGGUAAAUCCUAUGUAGUGUUAAUUUUCCUUGAUAAAAGUAGACAUUUUGAUACAAUUAUGGGGCAAAAACUUUACAGUGAGGCAUACUUCUUGAUAUUUCUCUCUAACAUUUCUUGAUGAGCAAAUCACGCGCGAACGCGCGAGUGUCCCACGUUCUCGCUCCGGAGUGGCCUUUGCUUACUCGCUAGAGAAUAUCCAGAAAGGUAAUCUUUCGAAUUUUCACUUGAAAAAACGUUUUUGCAGAGAAAUAAAAAGUGAUAUGUCAAGUUAACCUGGAAAAGAGAAAUUUCCUUACUUCUUUGAGAUUUUAAAUUUAUCAUGCAUGAGACUAAGGAGUCAAUAAAUACGCUCCUAUUGGUACAUGAUAAAUGAGAGCCAAUCACCUGGAAUGUGCAUUCCCUUUAGUUUUGAACCGGCGGUCCUUACCUUCAUCCCUUUUUCUUUCCCCAAAUUCCCUCCUUUCCUAUCCCCUUUCGGCGCCUGCCACGCACGGGUCAGCGGACUUUUUACCUAGUGAGCGGUCGCUAAGCCGAACAGAACAAGACGGCGGGAAGAUCUACUUACCCUGGGGUUUUAUGUCACUUCAGUUUCGUUGACGGACUUUUCCUCGACAUAUGAUCGACCGACUGAACUGAUGUCUUGAGCUUCACAAUCAUCCUGUUGGGCAGGGCUCAGAGGCAAGUGAUUAAGACGAAAUAACUUUUCAGGAAUUCCCCAGGCAGGCGCAGGUCAACAGGCUUAAACCUCGUCCAGUGUCAAAGUCCAUGUGACCCUACGGUGUAAUUCUGUGGAGUUUACAAAAUUAAUUUUCAAAUAUUCACUAUAAUGAUCAUAAGUCACCUUUUUAAAUCUCUAAAUUAUUUUAAAGUUAUGUGAUAGGUCAGAGAAUGAUUUCUCAUGCACUCCAGGUAAAUGAAUUGUGGAUAUCAUUCAUUUUUCUCAUUUCAGUUUUUGCAAAUGAAGUUUGGGCUUGUGAGUUGGAACAUAGUUAGGUUGGAGAAGACUUCAAGAACACACAGAACAGAGCGUGCUAAGUAAUAUUGUCACAAAGUAAGAAAAUACAGUUGUACAGAAUAUCAUCUGAAAGAAACACAAACCAGUGCAUGCUAGGUUAUAUUAUCACAAAGUAACACAAAACAGAGAACAGUCUUUUUUGAGAUUUCGAGUAAACAAAGAACAGUGUGUACAGAUUAAUCUCAAGUCAAAGUAACUGAGAUUUUUUAAAAACGUUUUCCACGAUGCAUCUAAACACACUAUUUUCGUCUCUUUUUAGGGGGAGGGUGGAGGAUGGCAAACACCAGAGAGAAACUCUCUUAACUGGAUCAGAUUUUUUUAUAAAUGGGUAAGUCAACUCUGCUUGUAUUGUUGUUUUACUGUAUGAGCAACUGUGAACAUGCUUACCCCAAGUCAUUUUAAUUACGUGUACGUGACUCAUAUUGAAGCUCCAGUCUACCGUUAAUGGAAAAGUUUUACUGUUAAGGAAGUUGGAAUGUAACAUAAUGUAAUGUAAUGCAAAGUAAUGCAACAUAAUGUCACUUAAUGUAACGUAAUGUAACAUAAUAAAACGUAAUGUAACAUAAUGUAAUGUAGUGUAAUGUAUAUCUUAGGAUCUUACAGGAUUUUUAGAGUAUAUCUUACAAGAUCCUGAUAGGAUCUUACAGGAAUUUUAGGGUAUAUCUUGCAGGAUUUUUAGAGUAUAUCUUACAGGAUCCUGAUAGGAUCAUACAGGAUUUUCAGAGUACAUCUUACAGGAUCCUGAUAGGAUCAUACAGGAUUUUUAGAGUAUAUCUAACAGAAUCCUGAUAGGAUCUCACAGGAUUUUUAGAGUAUAUCUUACAGGAUGCUGAUAGGAUGUUACAGGAUUUUUAGAGUAUAUCUUACAGGAUCCUGAUAGAAUCUCACAGGAUUUUUAGAGUACAUCUUAAAGGAUCAUGAUAGGAUCUUACAGGAUUUUUAGAGUAUAUCUUACAGGAUCCUGAUACAAUCUCACAGGAUUUUUAGAGUAUAUCUUACAGGAUCAUGAUAGGAUCAUACAGGAUUUUUAGAGUAUAUCUUACAGGAUCCUGAUAGAAUCUCACAGGAUUUUUAGAGUAUAUCUUUCAGGAUCCUGAUAGGAUCUUACAGGAUUUUUAGAGUAUAUCUUACAGGAUCAUGAUAGGAUCUUACAGGUUUUUUAGAGUAUAUCUUACAGGAUCCUGAUAGGAUCUUACAGGAUUUUUAAAGUACAUCUUACAGGAUCCUGAUAGGAUCAUACAGGAUUUUUAGAGUAUAUCUUACAAGAUCCUGAUAGGAUCUUACAGGAUUUUUAGAGUAUAUCUUACAGGAUCCUGAUAGGAUCUUAGAGAAUUUUUAGAGUACAUUUUACUGGAUUCUGAUAGGAUCUUCCAGGAUUUUUAGAGUAUAUCUUACAGGAUCCUGAUAGGAUCUAGCAGGAUUUUUAGAGUAUAUCUUACAGGAUUCUGAUAGAAUCUUGCAGGAUUUUUAGAGUAUAUCUUACAGGAUCCCAAUAGGAGACUUGCAGGAUUUUUAGGGUAUAUCGUACAAGAUCCUGAUAGGAUCUUGCAGGAUUUUUAGAGUAUAUCUUACAGGAUUCUGAUAGGAUCUUGCAGGAUUUUUAGAGUAUAUCUUACAGGAUCCCAAUAGGAGUCUUGCAGGAUUUUUAGAGUAUAUCUUACAGGAUCCUGAUAGGAUCUUGCAGGAUUUUUAGAGUAUAUCUUACAGGAUUCUGAUAGGAUCUUAUGGAAUAUUUAGAGUAUAUUUGACAGGAUUCUUAUCGGAUCUUACUUGAUUUUUACGGGUAUCUUACAGGAUUUUUAGAGUAUAUCUUACGGGAUCCCAAUAGGAUCUUACAGGAUUUUUGGAGUAUAUCUUACAGGAUCCCAAUAGGAUCUUACAGGAUUUUUAGAGUAUAUCUUACAGGAUCCCAAUAGGAUCUUGCAGGAUUUUUAGAGUAUAUCCUACAGGAUGCUGAUAGGAUGUUACAGGAUUUUUAGAGUAUAUCCUACAGGAUGCUGAUAGGAUCUUACAGGAUUUUUAGAGUAUAUCUUACAGGAUCCCAAUAGGAUCUUGCAGGAUUUUUAGAGUAUAUCUUACAGGAUGCUGAUAGGAUCUUACAGGAUUUUUAGAGUAUAUCUUACAGGAUGCUGAUAGGAUCUUACAGGAUUUUUAGAGUAUAUCUUACAGGAUGCUGAUAGGAUCUUGCAGGAUUUUUAGAGUAUAUCUUACAGGAUCCCAAUAGGAGUCUUGCAGGAUUUUUAGAGUAUAUCUUACAGGAUCUUGAUAGGAUCUUACAGGCUUUUUAAAGUAUAUCUUAAAGGAUCCUGAUAGGAUCUGGCAGGAUUUUAAGAGUAUCUUACAGGAUUUUUAGAGUAUCUUACAGGAUUUUUAGAGUAUAUCUUACACUACCCUUAUAGGAUCUGACAGAAUUUUUAGAGUAUAUCUUACAAGAUUCUGAUAGGAUCUUACAGGAUUUUAAGAGCAUAUUUUACAGGAUCCUCAUAGGAGUCUUUCAGGAUUUUUAGAGUACAUCUUAUAGGAUCCUGAUAGGAUCUUACAUGAUUUUAAGACUUUAUCUCAGAGGAUCCUGAUAGGAUCUUCCAGGAUUUUUAGAGUAUAUCUUACAGGAUCCUGAUAGGAUCUUACAGGAUUUUUAGAGUACAUCUUACAGGAUUCUGAUAGGAUCUUCCAGGAUUUUUAGAGUAUAUCUUACAGGAUUCGGAUAGGAUCUUGCAGGAUUUUUAGAGUAUAUCUUAAAGGAUUCUGAUAGGAUCUUGCAGGAUUUUUAGAGUAUAUUUGACAGGAUUCUUAUCGGAUCUUACUUGAUUUUUACGGGUAUCUUACAGGAUUUUUAGAGUAUAUCUUACGGGAUCCCAAUAGGAUCUUACAGGAUUUUUGGAGUAUAUCUUACAGGAUCCCAAUAGGAUCUUACAGGAUUUUUAGAGUAUAUCUUACAGGAUCCCAAUAGGAUCUUGCAGGAUUUUUAGAGUAUAUCUUACAGGAUGCUGAUAGGAUGUUACAGGAUUUGUAGGGUAUAUCUUACAGGAUGCUGAUAGGAUCUUACAUGAUUUUUAGAGUAUAUCUUACAGGAUCCCAAUAGGAUCUUGCAGGAUUUUUAGAGUAUUUCUUACAGGAUGCUGAUAGGAUCUUACAGGAUUUUUAGAGUAUAUCUUACAGGAUCCCAAUAGGAUCUUGCAGGAUUUUUAGAGUAUAUCUUACAGGAUGCUGAUAGGAUGUUACAGGAUUUUUAGAGUAUAUCUUACAGGAUCCUGAUAGGAUGUUACAGGAUUUUUAGAGUAUAUCUUACAGGAUCGCAAUAGGAUCUUGCAGGAUUUUUAGAGUAUAUCUUACAGGAUCUCAAUAGGAUCUGGCAGGAUUUUUAGAGUAUAUCUUACAGGAUGCUGAUAGGAUGUUACAGGAUUUUUAGAGAAUAUCUUACAGGAUCCCAAUAGGAUCUUGCAGGAUUUUUAGAGUAUAUCUUACAGGAUGCUGAUAGGAUGUUACAGGAUUUUUAGAGUAUAUCCUUAAGGAUCCUGAUAGGAUCUGGCAGGAUUUUAAGACUAUAUCUUACAGGAUCCUGAUAGGAUCUUACAUGAUUUUUAGAGUAUAUCUUUCAGGAUCCUUAUAGGAUCUUACAGAAUUUUUAGAGUACAUCUUACAAGAUGCUGAUAGGAUCUUACAGGAUUUUUAGAGUAUAUCCUAGAGGUUCUGAUAGGAUCUUAUAUGAUUUUUAGUGUACAUCUUACAGGGUUUUUAGAGUAUGUCUUAUAGGAUCCUGAUAGGAUCGUACAGGAUUUUUAGAGUAUAUCUUACAGGAUACUGAUGGGAUCUUGCAUGAUUUUUAGAGUAUAUCUUACAGGAUCCUGAUAGGAUCUUAUAGGAUAUUUAGAGUACAUCUUACAGGAUUCUGAUAGGAUCUUACAGGAUUUUGAGAUUACUUUUUACAGGAUACUGAUGGGAUCUUGCAGGAUUUUUAGAGUAUAUCUUACAGGAUCCUGAUAGGAUCUUACAGGAUAUUUAGAGUACAUCUUACAGGAUUCUGAUAGGAUCUUACAGGAUUUUGAGAUUACUUUUUACAGGAUACUGAUGGGAUCUUGCAGGAUUUUUAGAGUAUGUCUUACAGGAUCCUGAUAGGAUCUUACAGGAGUUUUAGAGUACAUCUUACAGGAUUCUGAUAGGAUCUUACACGAUCCUGAAAGGAUUAAACAUGUGAAACAGUGUGUAUAUAUGUACCUAUCUCUGUAAUUUUGACACCACACUACUGAAAUCAAAAUCUAAUUUUAAACAUUUAACACUUUUUCUCUCUGGAGUGAAUGAUGAAGUCUUUGUUACCAGUAGUUAAAGCUCUAACCUUUUAGCUGUGACCAUUGAAAUGAAUUAUCUUCAUUAGUUCUUUCAUGUGUCACAAUUUAUUUUCCAGCAUUUUACAAAAGUGAAAUCAGAUAAUCUUGUUGAAUUUUAAGUUUUGAUGUUUCUGGGAGUAAAAGAUUAUUCUUUUUUUCUGAUUUCUUUGCAGGAGGGUGAGUGAUGUGGAUGCUUGGAUUGUAAACUAGAUGAAGGAAACCACACAACGUUACUCUGGAUCAAGAUCAAAAGGAAAGCUAGGAGGAACAAAUUGAAAGCAGAUCGGUAGAAAAUUUAGUUGUUAUAUCUUACAGUUUCAAAAUCAAGGCAGCUUAGAUGGUCUAAAUGGGUUCUUGAUUCGAUCAGUAAAAGCUUAAUAUUAUGGUGGCUACCAAUAAGACGCAAAAAGUGGCAUUACAAUGAGAAAUGAUUGAUUGAACCACACCACUCAGCCAACAACAACAAGGCAAUAAGUAAAAUCGUCAUAAAUUUAUAUUUACAAUAGAAAAGAGAGUUCGCUAGGUGUAAGAUUCCAAAAGGACACAAAUCAUAACUAAUAUCGUCACAAAGUAACACAAAACAGAGCUUGCAAAGUUGAUAGAUUUCAAGAAAACACAGAACAGAACGUGCUGAGUAAUCUUGCUAUUAAGGAAAAAAAUGAGCAUGCUAAGUUGUAAGAUUUGAAAAAAAUGAAGUACAGACUGCCAUCUAAAAGUACACAAAAGAGAGCAUACUCUAUGGUGAUUCAAGUUAAUAUAGAAUACGGCCAAAUUUUGAGCAAGUCCCAGAUGCAAUCCUAAAUUUCUGGUGAACUUGUAUUUAAAUUUCAAGCCUAGAACUCGGAGGGUCGUGAGUUUGAUUCUCACCUGGAGCUUGGAAAAAUUUUUUAUGCUUUCUAAUGUUUGAAUUCUCCUUCUUCUUUAAUACAUUGUAGUGUAAUCUCAUCUCAAAGUAACAACUGAAAUUUUGGAAAAUGUUUGCCCCAAUGCAUCUAAACACACUAUUUUUGUCUUUGUUUAGGGGAAUAACAGGGAUGAAACAGAGAAGGGUGGAGGAUGGCAAACACCUGAGAGAAACUCUCCUAACUGGAUUACAUUCUUUUGUAAAUGGGUUAGUUGACUCUGUUUGUAUUGUUGUUUUAUUCUUUGAACAACUGUGAACAUGCAUACCCUAAGGUAUUUUAAUUACUUGGCUCAUAUUGAAACUCCAGUCUGCCUCUGAUGGAAAAAUUUCGCUGUUAAGGAAGUUGUAGCAAGUUCACCAGAUCAUAAUGAGAAGCUAAACUUCCUGAGGGGAAUCCUGCAGAGAUCUUGGCCAGAAUCUUGACAGGGAUCCACCCUUUGUUUGGAUCUUGUCAGGAAUCUUGACUGGGAUUCCUUACAAGGAUUCUUAGUGGGAAUUAUGACAGAAAUCCCAAAGGGGAACCUCACCUCUCUGUGGGAAUCUUGCCAAAAAUUCCAGCAGGUAUCUUCGCUUAAUAUACCAGCCAUAUUUCUAAAUUUGUUUUUUACUAGGUAACUCAGAGUGUCAAUAAACCCAGAUAUAAAUUCCUGUUAGGAGAGUAAAACAUUUGAUGUUGCAAGAAAGAACACCUACAUGUAAAUUAGGAUGAAACUUUAUCAUGUAAACUUAUUUUCCUUUUUUAAACGGAGAAAUAGCUUAGUUAAUUUGAAUGUGUUGGUGUUGUGAAACAAGAAAGUUCUAUGCUUAAUUUACAAGCUAUUUCUAGUACCAUACAAACAUCUGUACAAAAUUAACUGAGCUAUUCAUUUCUCUGCUGGCUUCUUAACUAGUAAAAUUGUGUUCAAAUUUUGAGGCUUUUUUUCUUGAGGCAUUGAUCUGUCUUCUGCAUUGGUGGGAAUUUAAGUCAAGAAUGUUUAUUUGUAAUGGAGGUUUUCUCUGUGUUCAGUUUGAGGCACUCCAUUCAGACCUAUCUUAAUGCAUUUCAAGAAAACUCCAGUCACUGUCUUUCUGAAAGUUUUCUGAACAAUUUUUAUUGACGAGGGGAAGCUGAAAUUUAUGGUAUCCUUCUUAGAAAAAGUUAAUUGUAUCACCUUAACACAGCUUUUGUCUCCAUUUAAAGGAAUAUCAGGAUUGGAAUGGAAUGGAAAAAUUGGAGGAUGAUCAACACCAGAAGGAAAGUAAGUUGGUGACAUUUGCAUUAUAUUUGUUUCAUCUUGCCUAUACUCUAUAGCAUUAAAAGCUGCUUUGCAGUCCAAUCCUAUUGCAUAAUCUUAAUUAUGUCAGAUGUAAAAAUUAAAUUCACUGUCAUUUUUCCUGGCACUUUUGUAGAGAUAGUGACAGAAAGAAACUGGAGCACAUUUAAUGGGGUUUAGUCAUGGCUUUCAGGCUUAUUUUGUUAAUAAUGCCAAUUACAGCACUCUUACAACUGAGGAAAAGCUGACUUUGUUCAUCCUGGUUUUUUCAUCUUUCACCAUUGGAAAGCACUGCCCUCACUACCCAGGACCUAAACUUUUCGAAACAAUAAUUUCUUCUUUGAGGCCUUUUUCUUUGAGGCCUUCUUUGAGGCCAGGAAUAAAUCUAAAGAUUGUUGAGAUACUGAGUGCUAACUGUUAAAAGUUGCCAUUGACUUCAAGAGUAUCAAAUCUACUGAGGGAGUAGUGGAUGGGUUAGGAAAACCCAACCUUGGUACGACAGACAAAUAUACCUAAAAAUAGGGGACUGUUAUAUUGUCUAGCAAGGGACCAAAUUCACCAAGUUGUAAUGCCCUUGUGGUCUUAUUUUCCCUCUAUUUUUCAAAACAAUAGACUUGAAAUGUCUGACAAAGUGUUGAAAUCAGAUUGCCGUUGGUCAUAGAGAGGCAAGUUGGGGUUCAUAUCAGUAGGUGAGUGAUUGAUUAUCUUUGUUGUCAGAAAAUAAUCCCUUAUUUUUGCCCAGUUUCGAAUUUGUCACUGCCAUUGAAUAGAAGGACUAUAGACUCAUUUAUACAUAGCCUGUGAGCAAGCUCUCCUAUCUGGGCGAGCAAAGCGAGCUGUGCUAGAAGGCACAAGCGAGCGGCGAAGCCUUGAGGGGCCAAGGAAAAGAGGGCUUGCAACGAUGUCUCAUAAAUUUUCAUUUGUACUUCGCCCAGACAAAGAGAAAUACCACUGGAUAAAAAAUGACAUUCUGGAAAUCAAAGUUGAUUGAUAACAGGCCUGGCUGGCAUCCCCUAAAUUUUGUGCGAGAAGUAGAAACACAAUGCUCUUAUCGCAAAAACCCGUGUUGUGUCACACUCUGAAAAAGAAGACCUGCAGAGGAAGAAAAUCGCUUUCUCCAUCUGUGGGAGAUAACCAUCGUUUGUGUGUUAAAUUUGUUUGUCAGGAGAAUCAGCAGAUUGAUGACACUACUAUUACGAAAAAUAAUAAGAAGAACUAACUGAGUUUUUGUGUCAUGAACGCUCAAUCUCUAAACAACAAGGCUGGUGAAUUUGCUGAUUUUGUCUGCAAGUAUAAACCUGAUGUUGUAGCUAUUAUGGAAACGUGGUUUCAUGAAAUAGAGUCUGCUUCCCGCACUCUCUGUACAUCUCCAGGGUACAGCCUUCUUGUCCAUCCAUGAUCUAACUGCACUGGGGGUGGUACAGGAGUCUUGUUCAUUGAUACGUUAAAUGUGACCAAAAUUGCUGCUGCCGAAUUCCAACCAUUUGAGUACUCUGAAUGGAACAUCAAAUCUGAAUCCGAGCAGAUACAUUUGAUUAUCAUCUACAGACCACCGUACUCUGAAGUCCAUCCUGUAACUACGAGUGUUUUCCUGGAAGAAUUUUUAGAAUUUCUUGAGUCUACAGUCUUCACUGGUAGCCAUCUCUUGAUUACCAGAGACUUCAACAUUCAUAUCGAUGUUACUGAUGAUCCUGAUGCACUCAGACUACGUGACCUACUCGAGAGCACUGGGCUUGAGCAACAUGUGACUGUUCCAACUCAUAUCAUAUUGUUCCUCUAUUCCAUGGACCGACUAUCUCUUCUCAGGUCACUUACCAGUCCACUGUAAGCUCAAGGCUGUCAAGUUUUCUUUCAAAAGAUCACAAAUUUCCUUCAGGAAAGUGAAGUCAAUCAGUGCUGAUAUUUUGCAGGAUGAGCUUUCCAGCACUGAUCUCUGUAAGAACACCCUCUCAUAUGACCUUGAAGGUCUUUUUAAAUGCUAUAGUAAUACACUCCUGUCAGUCCUUAACCACACCAUGCACCUUUGAUCACUAAGACAAUUACGAAAAGACCUAGACUUGACCUCAUGGUUGAACCAGGGAACAGUGCAAAAAAAGAAUGCAGAAAGGCUGAGAGGAAAUGGCGCAGGACAAAGUUAGACAGUGACUUCCUAAUGUUCAAAGCCAAGAAAAACCAUGCUACCUUCAUUAUCAGAAAUACAACGAGAAACUAUUACACUGAUUUCAUACAAGAGAACAGCAAUGACCAGCACAAACUGUUCAGGUCCACUAAAAUACUCUUUGACCAGGACACUGACUCGACCUAUCAGAAAUAUUGUGACAGUGCUGUGUUAGGAAAUGACAUCAGGAACUUCUUUGUGCAGAAGAUCAAGCGCAUUAAUUUUGCACUGAACUUGAUGCAGUUGCCAGUGGUUCUAGUCCACAUUCAGAGCCAGCCUCUAUGUGCUCAACUCAGUUUGACUCGUUUUCAACUCCAAGUGAUGAUGAUGUCAUGCACUUAA